GGAAGCAGCGUUUUCUUCCAGGUGCUGAAGAUGUGGGUGAACAAACUAACUCAGGUCAUGUGCAACACACACCGGCUCGAAGUAAGCGAAAGAAACCAAAGGAGCCCGCUGUAAGAAAAGAAGAAGAUGUAUCUAUGGCGCUUCUCCAUCGCCAUAACUCUCGGCUUGGUGUGGUAUUUUUCUGACUGCGGUCGCACAGUGACACAGUACUUUUUAUGUUUCCUCUUUUGUUUUUCUACCCCGUUGUGUUUCGCGAAGACUGGGCGAGAGAGCAGCACUCAAACUGAUGAAGAAGCCAAGGAACAUCCUCUUCAGGAAGCUAUUGAAGAAGAGCUGUUUGGUGGCUUGAAUGGAGAAAGCAAAGAGCAGGCUGAACAACUGGAGACUCAGUAUCCCCAUGUAAAGAGGUCACUGCAGCAAGUGUUUGAGUGCGCCUAUGCUGAGCACGUCCUGCAUUGGUACAGUGUUCCCGAGCCUCUCGAGGACCAGCCUCUCCACCAGGUGCUCAGCAGGGAAUUCGACUUUAUAAUCGACCGUGUCAUUGAGAGAGCCAAAGACUUUGACGUUUGCCAGGCGGUCGUGGGCUCCAUUCGUAUUUUGACCCAGCACUUGCACAAGGCGAAGCAGCCUGAUCGAGAACUCUUGUUCAGCUCCAGAGAAGAGGAGAUUGCAGUUCUGAGAGAAUUUUCCGAUGCUCUUGUACGUAACCUUUUUCCCGAAUCUCUCCGGGACCGAGAAGUCAACCGCUGUGCCUUAAAUGAGAUUGUUGCCUUAAAGGGGUUGGGCCAUUUGGUGACAUGGCUGUCUGACCCUGACAACCUGAACCAGCUGGUACUGAGCCAGCUCGACAGCACGACCCCCAAAGGCUCUGUGGAGGAGCUGUGUGGAUCAGAUCCGGAACAAGCCUCUCUGGCUUCACAGGAGGAAGGCGAGUGCAGUGAAGUGAGCUUGGAGGGAGCAGAGAUUUCAACCAGCACCAGCAUCAAGGGCAAAAGGAAAGGCAACAAGUUAAAGGAAGGAUGGUCAAAACUUGUGGACAAGCUGAAGUCCAAGAAGGCCAAGAAAAAGAAGAUGAAAAGGAUGGAGCAGGAGCUGAUGAUGAGGAUCAUGACAGUCCAGGAUAACGUGUCCAACGACGAUGAUUUCAGCAGCAGGGAGGGCUCCAUUCACAGCCAGCAGGAUUCUGACAGGGAGGACAGUGAUCUAGAGAGUUACUUGACAAGCGUCCAAGAGGACAUGAUGGAAUUCAAGCUGUCAUAUGAGAUGUGGCGCGUUGGCCGCUGGGCUGUCAGCAUCCCUCAUGCUGACUGGGAGGAUGAGGAGCUAAUCUUCACAGUUCACCUGGAGGAGAAUAACAGCCCUGAAAACCUACAGUGGGACAUCAGGAAGACCUACAUGGAUGUGAUAUAUUUUCGUAACAGAUGGCAGGACUCACCCAACCUGCCCACAGUCCUGGUCCUGGAUGAGUCAGAGGUCAACGAUGACAUUAAAGAAGAAGCAAGAGCAUCGGUGGAGCACUUUCUACAGGAAUUAGUUUCCGAUAAUGUGAUGGGCCACACACAACCGGUUUUUCAGUUCCUUUGCCCGUUAGACAAGCUCCUGAAUGAAGAAGAACAUUAUGGAGGCGUGUGGGGCCUUCUCAGCGGCUUGGCCUACUUCCUGACUCCAGGGCAUGAGGAAGAGGAGAACUCUAGCCCUCAGACAGAAGCCCCGAAAGAAAUCAUAAUGCCAUCUCCGCACCCAGAAUCCACAGCUCAGCCAUCAGAAAACCCCGUUGCCUCUAUUCAGAAUGACACCGAUGUUCCUCAUGCUACUCUCCCAACAAUUGUUAUCUCCCAGUGUGAUCCUCCUUCAGAACUGCCAGAGGAAACAGAAACAGAAAAGCUAUCACAGUCUGUUGUUCAGUCAGACCCUUCAAGUAAUGAAAACUGUUCCCAAGACAAAACAGAGGACUCUGAUAAUCCCUUAACCUCUCACUUUAAGACGAUUAUCAAAGGACUGACCCGGUCCAAGUCACAAGAGUCUCUGGCCUCAACAAAAACCAACAGAGAUGAAGACCCGUCUGAUUCAGACUGCACACCACACUCCAGCCAAAAUGGAAGCUCACAGGGGGGGAGUGCAGAAGGCCCGUCAUGGCUUAAUUUCAGUGCAAGGCCACAUAAAAAGGAGAAAAUAUGUUUCAAGAUGUCAAGUGGAGCAAACAAGGCUAAGGGGAAGGAGCAGGGCACUUCUCCAAGAAGCGAGGACUCCCAGGGUCAGAAGAGCCAAGUCAACUGGGAGCAGCUGGAGGCAACCAAAGCCAUAUUUGAUUUGCUGAAAGAAAUAUCUGGAAACUCCAUCCUCAUAAACAUAUUUGACGCCAUUCUGAAACCUGUUAUGCCCAUCUUGAAAAAGAAGGUGAACUCUUUCUUAAACAAGAUGAAUCCAACAGAACUGCAGAUGGCUGCGUACAUUGACACCCUGCGAGACAAGCAGUGGUCAGAGUUGCAGCCAGCAGCACCUCACCGUCCUCGCACAGACGAGGAGAAAAACGAGACCAGGGAGCGAGCACAUAACCUCAUCAGUGCCAGAUAUUCAAACUUUCUCGUCCUGAAGAAAACAGAUGUGGAGUCUGUCUUUAAUCUUUUCCAGGACAGGGAAGAAAACAAAACGCUGGUAUAUAUGCUUCUGUCAUUCCUGUUAAGGAAUUUUUUUCCCACUGAGCAUUCCCUAAAUGUGCGCACUGCUGCCUUACUAAAAGUGACCAAUUCUACCAACUGAUCUGUGAAUCUUCAAUAGUGUUUUUAAUGUUUUUUUUUUUGUAUAUUUUAAAACUUGGAAUAUUUAUUAAACAUCUUAAAAUGCCUUAGAAUAUGUGAGACCACUUCUGUAUAAGUGUCAAGUGUAUCAGUGUUUCUGCAUUUUUACCUCAAACAUAUGUACUGUGAAUGUUUUCCUUGGUUACUAUUUUGUCAAAUUUAAUUGCUUUUGUACAUGUUCAUGUGGCAUUUUGAAGAAUCCCAGCUUUGAAUUUUGAACUCAGGAGAAAAACUAUAGUAUAGUUCAUAAUUACAGUUUGAAUUUCACCCGUCACGUUUUAAUGUAAAAGAAUUGGAAUUUUCUAAAAUAUUUUGUUUCACUUUGAGCACUUUUGUGUGGUGAGUGUGUUGGAUGAUUGGACCUAAAGUUUUAUAAAAACAAUCUCACAAUUGCUAAUACUUUAAAUCUGUCAAAACAUGGAGAUUACCACUAUCAAAGGAAACUUGAAAUAAUUCAUUCAUGUAAAUAACUUGAAUUUAUUCCAAAUAAACUAUUUUAAUAAAUAUUUUUUUUUUCAGCUA